AUGCCGCGGGGCCCGGAGGCCUCGGAGGCCUCGGUGCAGGUGUGGGUGGGCAGCCAGCUCUUCCAGGCCGACCGGGCCCUGCUGGUGGAGCACUGCGGCUUCUUCCGGGGACUCUUCCGCUCCGGCAUGCGGGAGGCGCGCGCGGCCGAGGUGCGCCUGGGCGUGCUGAGCCCGGACGGCUUCUGCACCGCGUUGCGGGUGCUGCGGGGCGAGCGGCCGGCGCUGGAGGCCGCCGACGAGCUGCUGCAGGCCGUGGAGUGCGCCGCCUUCCUGCAGGCGCCGGCGCUGGCGCGCUUCCUGGAGCACAGCCUCACGUCGGACAACUGCGCGCUGCUGUGCGACGCCGCCGCCGCCUUCGGCCUGCACGACGUGUUCCGCAGCGCCGCGCUCUUCAUCCGCGACGGCGCGCGCGAGCUGGCGGCCGAGCUGGCGCUGCCCGAGGCCCGCGCCUACGUGGCGGCGCUGCGGCCCAGCAGCUACGUGGCCGUGAGCACGCACGCGCCGGCGCCCGGCUUCCUGGAGGACGCGUCGCGCACCAUGUGCUACCUGGACGAGGAGGAGGACGCCUGGCGCACGCUGGCCGCGCUGCCCCUGGAGGCCAGCACGCUGCUGGCCGGCGUGGCCACGCUGGGCAACAAGCUGUACAUCGUGGGGGGCGUUCGGGGCCCCAACAAGGAGGUGGUGGAGCUGGGCUUCUGCUACGACCCCGACGGCGGCUCCUGGCGCCAGUUCCCCAGCCCGCACCAGCCGCGCUACGACACGGCGCUGGUGGGCUUCGAUGGCCACCUCUACGCCAUCGGCGGCGAGUUCCAGAGGAUGCCCAUGAGCUCGGUGGAGCGCUACGACCCAGCUGCGGGCUGCUGGAGCUUCGUGGCCGACCUGCCGCAGCCGGCUGCGGGCGUGCCCUGCGCCCAGGCCCGUGGCCGCCUCUUCGUGUGUCUGUGGCGGCCGGCGGACACCACGGCCGUGGUGGAGUACACAGUACAGGGCGACACGUGGCUGCCCGUGGCCGAGCUGCGGCGUCCGCAGAGCUACGGCCACUGCAUGGUGGCCCACCGCGACAGCCUCUACGUGGUGCGCAACGGGCCUAAGGACGACUUCCUGCACUGCGCCAUCGACUGCCUCAACCUGGCCACCGGCCAGUGGACAGCGCUGCCCGGCCAGUUCGUCAACAGCAAGGGCGCGCUCUUCACGGCCGUGGUGCGCGGUGACACCGUGUAUACGGUCAACCGCAUGUUCACGCUGCUCUAUGCCAUCGAGGACGGCACCUGGCGGCUGCUCAGGGAGCAGGCAGGCUUCCCACGGCCCGGCUCCUUGCAGACCUUUCUCCUGAGGUUGCCUCCUGGUUCCCGGGGUCCUGUGGCAUCGACGACGCCGGAACUGUGACCCCUGGGCUCGACUUUAGGAUGGGAUGCCCAGAGCCUUCCUUGAGCCAUGGCUGAGUCUAUGAGGCUGGCCUCAGGAGGUGCUGGGAACUUCUCUCCCUAACCCCCGCCUCCCUUUGAGACAUUUGCGUCUUGUGCCUUCCGGUGGUGUGAACAUAUCCAAGAAUCUCAGGGAGCAACGACUCUGAGGUCUCAGCCCUAAAAUACUUGGGCUCUUUUGAAAGCUGGUGGGUCACAAUGUCAGUGGAAGGGGUUGGGGAGUAAGAUUUCAGAAAUCCAGGCUUGUAUAUGAAUGGGCCAGUAAUUGAGCACUGGCUGGGAGUAGAUUAAGUGAUGUUAAUCAAACUGCCAAUCAGUAAGUAGGCAAGAAUUAGGCACCUCCUGUGUGCCCAGCACAGUGGUGGGCCUAAUAUGGCUGUAGUUGCCAGACAGGGGUCCACAAAGCUUAGCAUCUAGCCCAGGACGACAAAAGGUUUACACACAUAUGUCCUCAUUCACAGAGGCCUCCAGGCAACAAGCAAAAACCCCCUAAACCCCCACAAUAUAAUGAAACAAAAUGCUAAAGAAAUCAGGGCAAAGGGAAAAUAGAGAGAGGAAAAAUCUAACUCCAGGAAGGAGAAUAAUAUACAAAGUGUAUGCAGAAGAUAGGCAACAUAAUUAGUUGCUGAAAAGAGAGAUUCAAAGAGGAGAGAUGGGGAAAGUUGGAGCAGAUGGGGAGAGUCUCUGUGAGCCCUGUCUUUAAGGCAGAGCAGCUGUAGAUGGAGGCAUUUUGGGACGGGGGCAGGGUGGACUGGCUUGUAGAGACAAAAACUGAGCUGAAUCUGGAAUGAGACCCGUGAGGGAGAAAGGGUUUCCCACGCCUCCUUAUGGGUUGUGGGCCCGCAGAGGGGAACCCAGUUGGAAAUCCAUUGUCCACUGCUUUUUUUGCCAUCACCCUAGGGUGAGUGGACUGUUAACUUCCAUGACUUCAGGUCACUCAAGGUAUGAGCCUAAUCCUGGCCAGGUCUAACUGUCUCAUUUUCCUCAGUGUAUCCCCUCCUCUACGUUCUACAGGUGAAUUCUCACCUCCUAGCCUCUGCUGCUGCCAUUCCCUGGACCUGGAAUGCCGUUCCUCUUCCUCUCUCUUUGUUGACUCUUCUGCCUACCUCCUCUGCGCAGGGUUGGCUGUUCCCGACCUUGGCUGCCUGCUUUGCUCGGUGGACCCCUAGCUGACGUCAUUUUUCUUGCAUGUGUGCACGUGCAUGCAGCCAUGCACAUAUGCAGAUAGCAGUCGUGCUGUCAGCUGAGCUGGGGCACUUUCUCACCUACUGAAUAAAAUGAUGAGGUCCUGAAAGACCCCAGGAGAUAGAGACCACUAGUUAGGGACCUGGUGCUGACUUCUGGUGUUAGAUGAGGUCUCUUAGCUUUAGAUUACCCCCACCCUGGUUUCUAGUCAUAUGCCCAGCUCAGUCCUCCAGCUUUUCCAUGUUCCUGGGCAGACUUCUCUGAGUGGUCCUAUGGUCUCCAUCCUCCGGGACCUGAAGCCCAUGGGAAAUCCUGGCCUCAUCACAAGUGGAGAAUGCAGCAUCAGCCUGGCACCUCCUGGGCAUGGAGCCUAGUGUCUGGGCUGCCCCUCAUUGCCUUUUCCCCUGACCUAUGUCCCAAGCCCUGGCGAAUGCUGCCCACAGAAGCCUGGGGCCUUCUAGGCCUGGAGUAACCUAAUCUUAGGAGUCAUAAUAAUAAAUCUUAACUUCUGCAUCCUGUGAACAAUGUACCAAGUAGUUUCACAUUGGUCCCACUCCAGCCCUACCUCAGUCCUGGGAAUUGGGUACCUCCUCCCAGCUGAUGACAUACGUGAGGUUCAGAGGCCGGGUGCAAUGCCAAAGCAUGGCAGAGCCUCUCACUUUUUUGUUCUGUCAAAGUGUAAUUUCAUUCACAUGUCAAAAGAUGUAUUUAACUUGUUAAUAAGGGAACCAAAAGAAUGGUAAAGCUGGUUCAAAGGAGCGUCUGAGAGACAAGAGGUGUUUGUAUAUUUUGUUGGAAAAGAUAUACUGAAAUAAGUUUGCUAAGGUAAAGAUGAGGCUGCUUGAUGUCUUACAGGGCAAUAAAACCAUAACUUUCGUGACUCUCUACUGGACUAA